AUGGCCGAGAAGGGUGUGAAGGUGUUCGGUAUGUGGGCGAGCCCUAAUGUCCUCAGGGUGGAGUGGGCGCUCCGGCUGAAGGGCGUCGAGUACGAGUACGUCAGCGAGGACCUCACCAACAAGAGCGUCGACCUGCUCCGCUACAACCCGGUGACCAAGAAGACCCUAGAGACGGCCUUGGAGGGGAAGAAGUUCUUUGGCGGCGACGCCGUGGGCUACCUUGACAUCGUUGUCGGCUGGUGCGCACACUGGCGCCCCGUCAUCGAGGAAGUGUCCAGCGCUAGCGUCGUCACCGACAAGGAGCUGUCGCUGAUGAAGGCCUGGUUUAACCGAUUCCUCGCCCUUGACAUGGUGAAGGCGGCCCUGCCCGAGAGGGACAGGCUCCUCACAGCCUAA